UCAAAGCGCUUCACAGAAUAUACUGUAGAGUGGAGUGACUGUGGGCACAGCCCAUCAUCGCGCACCUACGAACGAUCCUGGUUCGAGUGACCGAAUUAAUAUUAUCAUUAUUGAUUUUUUUUUUAAACAGCACAUCAUGUGGAGAGAAGAGAGCGCCGGCAGAGAGGAAGUAAACAGCACUUAAUCUGGAAGAGAGUGAACUCGACUGAGUCAAUGUUACGGAGGGGUGAGAGUAUAGAAACUAGAGAGAAAUACGAAGAAGGAAUUAUCACAGCAACUUUCUGAAACUACGCAGCUGAAAGCAACGAGAGAGAGAAAUAUAACGGUUGCAAAUAGAGAAGUAAAAGUCCUGUAGCCGCUGCAGGCCAGUGGGGGAAACGUCCAGAGACAGAAUUGAACAACAAUCCGGAGGUAGAAGAUAUUAUCAGAUUUACAGACGGUAAUUCGGAAAUUGUGGAGGAGCCGAGACUGAGUCUACAGGAAAGAAAGUGAGGCAAAAAGAGUUGAAAAUCAAACGGGAAAAAGAAGUUUAACUCGAAGGAAUAAAGUAAUCAGUUAAUACAGAGACCGCCACAGAAAUGUGUCGGGAGUGAAAGAUGAAAUCAACAAAAUAGAGGAAGAGAGUGGUUGUAAUAUUGCACAGAUAAAACAAAAAGAGAAGAGAGAUACAGUACUAAAAGGAAAAAAGCCUGAAAUAAAGCUGGGACACAUAGACUUCAGGACAGAGAAGAUAGUUAUUGAGCGCCGGAGAGAAACUGCUACAACUCAGUAGAAAAUUAAUAGUCAGGGAAAGUAAAACAGAAAAAAGAAAACAUUUUAAUUGAAAAUAUUUGCUAAAGACAAUAAAGACUAAAGACAUUUCAACCAUGGGGAGGAAGAAGAAAUCAUUGCACGAUUAUGCAGCUGAAUUCUGUGACUUGUCUGUGAAGAGACACAUUGUGGAGCAGAAAGAAGGAGGCGAGAGAGAUUUAGUGGAGAUUCUUUACUGUAAAUCAUGUGAAAUCCCAAUGAGUGCUCGGAGGGACCGCAUUUUGGAGCACCUGGCAUCGGCUCGGCACUAUAGGAACAAGCGCUUGGAGAAACACACCUCAGCCAGACUUCACGCAACCUCACUGCUGAUGUCUCCUCCGCCUGUGGAUUUCAGUUCCGGCAUUUCAGGGCUCGAUCCGUCCGUUCUGCCGCAGUCAUCGUCCUUUAUAUUCCAAUCCAGUCCAUGUCCCACAAGUAACAGUGGCAGCAACAACAUUCCUUCUGCACUGAACCACCAUCGGAGUAUGGUGUCUUUCAGACCCAGUGGAGUCAACUCCAGUACAAAUACAGUGACAGUCCGGCAUGACCCAACUACCUCAAACUCACCCUCAGGUUCAUCUCCCCUGUUCAAUGGUCUUCAAGUUCUAGGACACUCCAACUCUACAAGACCCAGUGGCCAGAGACACAUCAUUCCAGAACUGUCCAAUAACGUUUCCAACGCAGUAGUGGGACGAUGUGCCAAUAGUAGUUUACCGCGGGGUGUUAUCGGACUCGCAGUGUUCAGGGCCAACACUGACAACAGAGCUUUGUUUAAGAGCAUCGAGGAGGAGAGUGGCUGCCAACUGCUGUACAUCAUAGAAGACUGCGUCCAGGAUUUGGAACGUGCCUUCAGCGCGGACGUUCUUGCCAACACCAGAGUGGUGCGAGGGCAGGACACUGACAUUGUGCUCAACGAUCAAUGGGUUUCAGGAAUUAUUAUCUGCUGUCCACCAGAGGAAAGUUCUGAAUUAGUACUCGAUGCUUUACGAGCAGGUAAAGGGGUAUUUUGUGAAAAGCUACUGAGUUUAGAUAAACAAAUAGCUGAGUCGUGCUUUGAUGAAGCUACAAGAUGUGGGAAACCUCUGGUCUGUGGAUUGUACAAGAGGUUUGAUCCAGCUGUGCAAUUCCUCUACAAGAAGCUCCGCGGUAAGGCUCUAGGGAGAAUUCACCGAAUCGCCACAGUCAGCCGCAGUUACCCACCUCCAUCUCUUAGCUUCAUUAAAAAGACAGGUGGGAUAUUCUAUGAUGGUGUCAUACACGAUCUCGAUACUGCCUGCUGGCUCCUAGGAGAAAAUACUCCGGACACAAUAUUUUCAUUAGGUCACGCCUUCUGUCAAGAAAUUGCAGCCCUCAAGGACGCUGACACAAUUACUGUCAGUAUGAAAUUUGCCAGUGGUGCUAUCGUCACACUCGAUGUCAGUCAGCAUUGCACAAGAAGCUGCGAUCAGAGAUUGGAGGUUCAUGGCUCGGAAGGGACUCUGAAAAUAGACAAUCAAAAUGUCCUGGGGAUAUCAGAGCAAGGCACAUCCAGGGCUUUGUGUUCCCACUUGCAUUACGAUCGAUACACAGAUGCCUACAGAGAGCUGUUGAGGCACUUCCUCAAGACUCUGAAAGGUUGCCGCUGCUGCAGAACAGUCCUGGAGAAAUGGGUCAGCAGUGGAUCUGAGGAACGAAGCCCUCGAUGGCAUGGUGAUUAAAACUGAAGUGCCCUGAUAAAGCACAUAUCCACAAGGCAAGGACCUUACGUGACCAUUUGAAACACAAAGCUGUUGGAUGGAGGGGAAACUAAGUGAAGAAUCCACUGGAAUCGUUCUGUACACAGACAAGGACUUGUGACUGGCACUUGCAAAGAGAGAAUUUUAUUAUGUAGUGAAUUGUAGAGUGGUAGCAUAUGUUACCAGCUUGGUAUGUUCAGAGUGUGCUCAUCUCAUGGUCUGGUUCUGUACUGUGGCAUUAUGAACAUGCUACCGUCAGAAGCUUUCAAGUUCGCAGUCAAUGGUACAAGAUAGAGUGAAGAAAGACUACACGGGGAGAAAGGAGGAGAUACAAGAAGAGGAAGCAUUUCUUUGCAACCCCUCCAAAAUCAGCAAGAACGUGUACCCCCAGAUUGUACCUCUGGCCAAUUCUUGUGUCGUUCACAAUUGAUCAGAAGCUUGAGUCUCAGAGGGCAGGAACGUCAAAGCAGUCAGACGAAUACUUCAUUGCAGAAAACAGCAAAAGAAAACUCUUAAAAAGUUUCUCUUUGUACCAACAGAGGGUGAUCUUGGGUUGAGCCAAACACUGCCUUCUGCCUUGCAGCAGUGGUGACUUUUUAUUCAAAUCAAUUAGAACAAUUCUUCCCGUGCAGUCCACCAGUGCCUUGAUAGCAAGGGAACAGCGCUGGUAUAAAUGUAAUCAGUGUGUCCGAUAUAUAUAUACCUAUAAAAUUUAUGUUGACCCAUUUGUUGUUAAGUAGAUGCAGUUACUAAGUUUUUGAAAUUGUUACACUCCUGUUGUGUGUAACCGUUCCUGUACAAUUUGAUCGAAUAUAUACGUACGCUCAUUACAAAGAGUAAUUUAUUUAGCAAUGAGUUUGUGUUCUAUACUUGCAAUAAUAGAAUGGCUUAAUAUGUUGCUAUUAGCUCGAUGCUAAUGGUAAAGAGAUUGACACAACAGUAGUAGUUGGGACAUGAGCUACAAAUUGUUGUACUCAAAGUUAAAGGAUUCUCUCAUAGAAAUGAAAGGGGAUUUGUUUUAUUUUUUAAAAAAUAACAUUUAUAAAAUAUAAGGGUGGGGGAGAGGGGAUCUGACUGAAUUUUUUCCCCCGUUGUUGUGGUGUUUUUACCUACAAUGCAUUUUAUUGCUUGGCGGGUGCCAAGACUAUUGGCUUUCAACAACAACGAAUUGCAUUUGUAUAGCGCCUUUGACGACACUGUUUGAACUGUUAAAGAUUUGUUCUGGGAAGAAUGCGAGCACCUCCUGCUAUUAGAGUAGGCCGGGUGCCAAAACCAAACGGGCUUUGUUGUUGCUUGCUGAUGUUGGAGUCAGUUUAACUGUGAGAAUCCACUGAGGGUAGAAAUCAGUAAGGUGGAGAUUCUUAUCUUUGACAGGAUACGUGCCUUUGGCGGGGGCUAAUCUGAAAAACAGGCCCAUUCCAAUUAAGUCACCCAAAGCAGCAACUCAUCGUGCACAACCAAAGUCAACAGACUGCAAUAAAUCCCAGAUCUUCUUAAGUGUUGUGUGGUUUAACAAAACUUGACUGGCUUCCAACCUUUUUUUUUAAGAAUUCGUUUGUGCAUCUUUUUCUGACGGUAUCCAAUUCCUUCAGUUUCUCUCCCCAUUGCCAGAAACCAAUGCAAUCUGCUGCCAAGCUGACCACUGAGGGGAGGGCGGGGGCAAAGAAGUGUUGCAGCUUGGGGCUAUUCCGUUUUUCACACAGGAGUCUGCAAUAACUCCCAAUUUUCGAAAGAAUUUGGAGGAAAAGAAAAAUUUCAUUUAAAUGGCACACUGUGGCCGACAUGAAAGAGUCUCCGAUAUAUACUGGACUCUGUCCAGUAUAUCUAUUGAAGUGAUUACUUACCUGAAAGUAAAACGCAGGGUGUGGCUCUUUGCCUCUAUGAUUUUUAUCAAUACCACUGUGCUAUGUGCUGCUCUGAAUUUUCCUCUCAUUACGACAAGUUCCAAACCAGCUAUUCACAUGCUCCUCCCUAAAUUCUGAUGGUACUGCAAGCGUGACUCCAUGCACUGUCUCCUACAACUCAUUCUUUUGGUUCUUAUUAUUGUGGAACUCCUCAUUAUUCUGUUGUCCCUUUUUGUUGGGGGCUAUUAAAACUGAUGCUUGGUGUCACUUAACCACUAUUUGAUUUCACUGAUUUUUCACACUUCGAGCUGUCCUGCACUAUGGGCUUUCGCCCUUAGAUUUUCAAUAAAAAGAUUAUUACAUUGUUGAAA